AUGAACGAGCUAAGUGAAUAUCCCUCUAUUUAAGUAUAAUGAACCAAUAUUUUAGUUUGAUAUAACUCUUUAUAAUUCACUCAAAACUAAGGAUAGCAGACUGCUCCUCCGACAAAUGAAAUCAGCUAUUGAAGAAUUUAAUCAUAAUAAGCAAUUUGAUAGUGAGACUUUUACCAUCCUAUAUUAUGGUGUGUAAUAAGUAUUUUUCAGUCUUAUGAGAUUAGUUGCAAAAAGACGACAUCUUGGAGUUUUUAGAGAAGGAGAUUCUAAAGAGACUUGAUGUGUUGGAAUUUGAGAUUUUGCAGAUGAAAUUUUUAUAGGCAUCUUUAGAUGAUUAAAAUAAGAAUAGGAAGGACUAUUUGUAUUAAUUGUAAAAAGAAGUAUUACUCACAUUUGGAUUAUAUGAUAAACACGGUUAAAUGGGAAUAGAAACAAUAUUAUAAUUUUAUAAAACAAAAAUAAAGGAGAAUGAUGUUAAACAAUAUUUAUAAAAUCAAGUUAAGAAAAUCAUUCGAAAAGAGAACCUUCAUAAUUACAUUAAAAAUAGAUUGAUCUAAAUUGUAUUCAAUUCAGAAGAUUGUGAUCAACAAAUUUCAGAUUUACUCGUCUCUUGUGAUAAUACUGCCUUUGUUACUUAAUUCAUUACAAUUCUAGCCUAAAAUAGUUUAGAAAUAUUAUAAAAUGAAAGCAAUUCAUUGAAGUAAGUAUCUAAAGUACUCGAAAGAGUAAGUGCUCAAAAGCCUAAUUUAUUUAAUUAAAACUUACCAGUUUUUAUAUAAUUCUAUGAUAGUGAAGUAACUUAUGAAUUUAUCAUUAGAGUUAUUGUCUAAGAAAUGCUAUUAAUACGAUAAUCACGAAUAUUUUAACUGAACAUCUUAAUCCAUCCAAAGUAGAAUAAGAUGUAGAAUUGAAAGAGAGCUAAUUAAAUCAAAGACUCUUCCUUAUACAAAAAUUGACAUCUAGAAUUAUAGACAAAAAUGCUUAUGCCAGAGUCCACACUUUAAAGAUGUUAAGAGUUGUAUGCUCAUAGAAUCUAAUACCUCCGAAUGUUUAACUUAUGAUGUUUCCAUUAGUGAUAGCAAGAGUGUAAGAUGUUUCUUCAAUGGUCAGAAAGGCUGCUUUGGCAUUCAUUAAAUAAAUUACAAAGUACAAUUCCAAAAUAUAUAGAAUUUCACUAGAUUUAUGAAAAACCUGUUUGUUGAUGGGUUACAAAUGUAAAAUUUCAUGAAAAUUGCUGACAUCAAAGAGUAAAACGAAUAUUUAGGAAAUGAAAUUCAUAAGACCUUAAUAGCUAUAGACUAGAUAUUAGAGGAUAAGGCCAAUGCGUAAAGUGAAGCAGAAUUUAAGGAAUUGGAAGACGAAGAAAACUUAGUUGUCUCUAAUUUAAGAGAAAAGAAAAAAUUACAAUCAGUUUUCAUUUAAUAUCAAGAGUUUAUGGAGCUCUUAUAAAAGUUAUUGCCCAACAUUGAAUUAUUAUUAAAUAGCAAAUGCAUCACUGACAUUUAUAAGGCUAUUUCCCUCAUUAGUUUUUUAUUUAAACAAAAAAUAGAAAACACAGAUGUCGGAAUAAUGAAGAUGUUAAUUCAUUCUAACAAUCCAUAAAUAGUGAAUAAAUUAGCUAAAAAGUUUUUUAUACUGUUUAUAGAAAACGAUAAUGAAUAAGUUCCCAUUAAUAAUUUAAUUCAUUUAUUGAAAAUUUCAUCACCCAAAGAGCAGAUCUAUCUUGAAGAACUUAUUAGAUAUAUGAUCAAAUAGAAAAUGAUACCUGAAUCAACUAUUGAAAUGAUAUGGACCCAUUUUAUGAGAACUUAUUCUACAAAUUAACAUGAUCAAUUAAAUUAAUAUUCUAAACUUGUUAGAAUUACCUUUGGUUAGCAAUCCAGUCUUUUAACUAGGAUGAAAUUAGAUUAAAUUAGCAAAAUUAUUGAUGGAUAAAAAAAAGAAAUUAAUUGGGUUACUGUAAUUGAGUUAGCAAAACUAAUCUAUUACUUAGAAGAUAAAAUAAUUGUUAAAAAAUACUUUUAAUAAUUCUCAUUAAUUUUAUAUUUUUAUUUUGGAACACCAAAUAAUUUAUGGUUUGUGGCCUGUUAAGAGAUUUUAAAUUUAAUUCAAUUUCUACCUGUCCCAGAAAGUAUUUAUGAUUACAUGAUCAAAAAAUUCAGCUACAAAACUUUUGCUCUAGGAAUGACACCUUAUAAAAAGUAAAUCUUAUUAUUAAUUUUAUAGUGCUUAAGACUUUCUAGAAGAAGAAUCCACUUUAGUUUUUAAUAAUUAAUGCUUACAACUUAGUUAACUUUUAUUUAUUGUUGGCCAGUCUGCCCUUGCCAUAAUUCUUCAUAUUGAUGAGAUCGAGAAUCAAUUAACACAUCUUAGAAAUGUAGAGGAAGCCAAAGAAAAUGAAUUAGAUAAAAUAUAAGGAGGCUGUGAAGAAGAGUACGAAUACAAUUGUGUUUAUCUUUAGAAUUUAUGCAAAUACAGUAUAUUUUCUAAAUAUUUAAAGAUGUUAUAUAAAAAGGAUUUUACUAAAAUUAUGCUCCAUUAGUCCUCGACAUAUUAGCAGAAAUAGAAGAGGAAAAUGUAUAAUUGACAAUACUACAUAAAUCUGCUGGUCUUUGUCUGUGCAAAUUUAUGUGUUUAUCUGAAUAAUUUUGUGAAGAACACAUCGAAAAAGUCUUUAAAUUAAUCUAAAAUCCCAAUUCAGAUGGAGUCUUUAAGAAUAAUUUAAUAGUAGCAAUUGGAGAUCUAUUACACAGAUGGCCUAAUACAGUCACAUCUUAUUGUAGAUAACUCUUUGAUGGAUUAAGCAAUUAAGACUUUAUUGUCAAAUAAACAUCCUUAAAUAUGUUAUCUCAUUUGAUAUUAAAUGAUAUGAUUAAAAUCAAAAGAGAAAUUACUGACAUAGCCAUUUUAUUAACUGAUCCUGAUGAAAAUAUUUAAUAAUCUGCAAAACGAUUCUUUUUCCAAUUAUAAAAGAAGGAUUCAAGAAGAAUCUUAAAUAGUUUACCUGAUAUCAUAUUUAGUAUGUCAAAUUAGGAGAGCCAUGAAAAAUACAAAACAUUUCUUAUUAAUACUUUGAAAUACUUAGAUAAAUAGAAUGAAUAAUUAGUUGAAAAACUGUUGAGAAGAUUAAAAGAGAAUAUAAACGACUUUGAAGUUUAUAAUAUAGUUUUUACUUUGUCGAAACUUUAAAUGAAAGAAUCAUUAGCAAGGAAAUUUUAUGAAUGUUAUCCAUAUUACCAAGAAAGAUUAGAAAAUCCUUAGAUUAAAGAGUACUUCUAAGUUAUAAUCUAAAAAGUAUAUUUCAAUUUUAUGAUUAGUUAAUGAAAUGCGGAUUAAAUUAAGAAAAUAAAUAAAUUUUAUAGGAAUUUGAAGAACUGCUGAAUAGAGGUGAGACCAAACGUAGAGUGCUAGGUUCAAAGAAUAAAUCAUAAAAAUCUACUCGAUCUCACACAAAUUCCCAAAGAUCAAUUGGAUAUUCUAAUAUACUAGAUUAAUUGUUUACUUAGUCUACUGAAUUUUGA